AAGUGGGCAACAAAACUGAGUGUGGCCUACUGGGACUGGUCCUGGACCUGAAACGAGACUACCAGACCGUCCGGAACCAGAUCCCAGAGGAGAAACUCUACAAGGUGUACACGUUUAACUCUGUGAGGAAGUCCAUGAGUACCAUCAUCAAGCUUCCAGACAGCAGCUUCAGAAUGUACAGCAAAGGAGCAUCCGAAAUCGUCCUUAAAAAGUGUACUCGCAUUCUGAAUGAGGUGGGCGAACCCCGUGUCUUCAGACCGAGGGACAGAGACGAGAUGGUGAAGAAAGUAAUCGAGCCCAUGGCCUGCAACGGACUCAGAACCAUCUGCGUGGCCUACCGUGACUUUCCUGCAGACCCUGAGCCCAACUGGGAGGACGAAAACAACAUUUUGACUGAGCUGACCGCAAUAUGUGUUGUUGGAAUCGAGGAUCCCGUCAGACCUGAG